GCUGCGUAAAAGCUUUUAAUUCCAACGACAGGCGCGUGAGAGACCUGCAGUUUCACCGAGACGCGGGCGCAGUUCACGCUCGGGGUAAAUGCGCACACGCAUCAGUCGGCAGCAGAAUUAAAGCCCAGGAAGCCUAGCGACCGUGGAGGUGACAGCGAGGCCACAGGAUGACUAACACCUCCCGGUAUCUGGUUAAUCACCUGCUGACGUUCUCCCUGCGGGACGGCGAGGCGGUGAACGUGGAGGAGGCCAAGGCGCGACUCUCCUUCCUGGCUCAGAGCAAGAAGCUGUGGAUCCAGCAGAUGCACCUGGACGUGGGCGCCGAGGCCGUGCUCCUGCGCGACGUCCAGAGCCAGGACGAGCUGGAGCGCUACGCGCUCAAGUCCAUCUACCGCUGCGAAGCCGCCAACAUGGAGGCGCUCUUCCCGUCGCUCCUCGUGUUGGUCUGUCAGAGCGCGGAGGAGAAGACGCCCGAGAUCCUCUUCUUCAGCUGCGAGGCCGUGAAGGCGGAGGACGUCUGUGCCGACGUCCGGCGCGCGGUGUCGAACAGGAGCCAGCGGCUGUCGGACGCUCUCAGGCUCCCGUCCACGGGCGGAGGCAUGGAGCCCUACGACGUCCCGCGGCCCCCGAUCGCGCAUGCUCCCAAUCACCCGGCGACAAAUCCUCCCCCGUAUCCUGGACCGAGAGCCAACGCCACCAACGCGCUGAACGCGGCCGACGGCAGCCCCGGCGACGCCCUCCUGCGAGCGCAGAGGGAGAUCGACAUCCUCAACCACUGCUUCGAGGACGUGGAGAGCUUCAUGGCGCGGCUGCAGCAGACGGCGGAGGCCGCCACGGUGCUGAGUCAGCGGAAGAAGAGCAAGAAGAAGAGUAAGAAGCAGAAGGCCGAAGAGGAUUUACUCGGCGCUAAAGCUCAGCCUCCACCAGAGCAGGAAUUCGUUGAUAUCUUCCAGAAAUUCAAAUAUUGCUUCAGCCUCCUGGCUCGUCUCAGGCCCCACAUUUCAAAUCCGUCGUCGGAGGAGCUGGUUCACCACAUAUUUAAGCCCCUGGACAUGAUGGUGAAAACCACCGGAGGACCCGCCCUCGGGGCCUCGGUGUCCGGCCCCGCCCUGACCUCCUCGGCCGUGUCCCUGCUGAAGGAGACCCUGAGCGAGCCGGAGCGGCAGCUGUGGGCGUCUCUGGGGCCCAACUGGACGCUGCCUCGCUCUCAGCUUACGGGGCCCGUAGCUCCCUACAGCCCCGUGUUCCUGAGCGGCUGGAAGCCGGAAGCGCUGAGGGCCGACCGACAGGUUUGGGAGGAUCCGGUUGAAUCACAGCACAAACACGAGGCUCUGCAAGUGAAGGAGGAGCAGAAGCCUCAGCCGCUCGGACCUCGAGACGCCGGCGUCAGCGCCGAAACUGACGUCGGCACGCACGCGGCCCAGCCGGAGAGACUCUACAGCUGUAGCUACAGCUUCAUAGCGAGGAACAGCAGCGAGCUUUCGGUGCAGCAGGGGGAAACACUGGAGGUCAUCGAAUCGUCCAAGCGCUGGUGGAAGUGUCGCAACCGCUUCGACGAGGUCGGGUUCGUCCCCUUCAACAUCCUGGAGCCCGCGGCUCACAUCGACAGCCCCGUCAGCAACAAAGCUCCCCUUGCGCCCGCCCCGCCCCCCGUGGGCAGGGCCGCGGCCACGCCCAGCCCCCCCGUCCUGCCCAAAGGCCCCGCCCACGCAGGGAAGCGUCCAAUCAACCUGCCGGCGUUCAGCCAGCACGUGCCGGCUGCGGAGGACACGGACAAAGUCAUGAUGGUGAACGAUGAGCUGCUCAAGAGGCUGACGAACGGGAAGACCAACCUGAACAAACCCCUGGUGAUCCACCGCUCCGCAGAGACCACGGUCCCUCUGGACUAUCACUCUCCUCCGGAGGAAGUGGCCCAGUGGCUCCAAGCGAAAGGCUUCAGCGAUCAGACGGUGUCGUGUCUGGGAGUGCUGACGGGCGCGCAGCUCUUCUCGCUCAACAAGAAGGAGCUGCAGACCGUGAUUCCGGACGAGGGAGCCAGAGUGUACAGCCAGCUCACGGUGCAGAAGUCACUGCUGGAGGAUGCCAAGAACGCCACAGAGUUGGAGACAGUCAUGGAGAAACAGAAGAUGAAGGUGGACCUGAAACUGGAGAGCGGCACGUUGUGAGAAGAGACACGGCGCAACUCAUUCAGAUGUACAAACAUAAGUUAUAUUCACCAGAGAAGUGACUCGACUUUCAAAGACUCUCCUGCUUAUGUCCACACUGCUUCAUCUUUUAUCGAUGAAGACGAAAAUGUAAACUGAUACAGGUGCUAGUCAAAUUCACUAAAGUGUACGUUCAUGUGAAUAGUUUUCUUCCAAUAACUUAAACUGUAUUUAUCUUUGUAUGCUAUAAUUUAACCGUAGUUUAGUUCAGACACUGAUAAGAAAAGGCACACAAGUUAAAAUGUUGGGAUGUUUAUUAAUUGAGACACUAACAUAACAUUACCAGCAGAAAAUAAACAUGAAUUCACACGCCCGGGAAAAGCAAUGCACCCAUUCGAAUCAGCUUGCACGGAAAUUUAAUCACGGGGGGUUCGGCCAAAUCGGGGCAGGACUCCACUUUUUCAAAUGACUAAUAAAGUUGUGAAUGUCA